UGUACUGACUAAGCGAAAAACCUUGGUGGCGAACAAGAUGGCUGACUGGGCGGCGGUAGCUUUCAUUGGAAGUUCAAAAUUUGCGAUAUAACCGCGACAUAGAUUAAUAGCAAAUAUAGCAAUACGUACUUCAAAGACACUUUUCUCAAGCCCACGGAACGGACGUUUAGGGGCGAUGCAGCGUUAUCUGAAGUAAAGAUUCAAGACUUAAUAAAACAUGGAAGAACAUUGCUAUGCUAAAAUAGCGUCGGCUAUUUCGAGCCAAUCAUUAACGGAUAUAACGCUGAAACCUACACAAAACGAUGUCCAUCAGCUGAUUGUUCAUUCAGAAGGAAUCCCCCCUUUGCCACAGGCCACGUGCAUCAUUGUGAAACAAGAGGCUCCACAACCCCACCAAUUUAAAGACGAAGUGGAGGAAUUCUUGAUCACACGGGAGGGAAAGGGUCUUGUAGGGCCAGCGAAUGCUGAUUUUACUAAAUUGCCACUGACUGCUGUUUCUCUGAAGACCGAAGACCAUAAAGAGAAACCACUUGAGACGUUUCGUUGUUCUCCGACAGACAUCCAGCAGCUUAUUGGUCAAUCAGAAGAAUUUCCUCCUCACGGGGGGAGCUCUUCUGUGAAGCAGGAGGAUCCACAGCUCCCCUAUGUCAAAGAAGAAGAGGAAGAGGAAGAGGAAGAGGAAGAACUUUGGAACACUCCGGAGAAAGAAUGUCUUCCAGAUCCUCAGGAGGAUGCUGAUCUCACCAAGUUGCCAGUGACUGUUGUCGCUGUGAAGAUUGAAGAUGAUGAAAAGGAACCUCGAGAAGACAAAUUGUUAGCUCCACUAUCCGAUAGCGAGGCCGAAGACGGGUCUGAAGAAUCUUUGAGCAGCGAUACAGACUGUGAAGGCGAUAUGAGGACUCACACUGACAACAAACACGCUCAUUGCUCUGAAGAGAAGAGAGGUGAUAAACGUUUCAACUGCCCAUUUUGUACUAAAAGGUUUUUUACUACACCAGGUUUGACUCGGCACAUAAUGAAACACACUGGAGAAAAAACAUUUCGUUGUUCGGUUUGCGGUAAAAGGUUUUUUCAAAAGAACCAUUUGACUCUACAUAUAAGAACACACACUGGAGAAAAACCAUUCAAUUGUUCAGCGUGUGGCAAAAGCUUUUCUCACAAGAGCAAUUUGACUGUACACAUGCAAACACACACUGGAGAUAAACCGUUUAGUUGUUCAGUUUGUGAUAAAAGUUUUUCUCAAAAGAUACAUAUGACUGAUCACGUGAGAACCCACACAAAAGAAAAAGCUAUUUGCUUAGUUUGUGGUAAAAGCUGUACUCAAAAGUGCAAAUUGACUCAACAUAUGAAAUUGCACACAGGCGAAAGAUUUAUCUGUUCGGUGUGUGGUAGAAACUGUUUAUCGAGAGCAAGUUUGACUCGUCACACAUUAAAGCACAACACAGAAAAAACGUUAAGUUGUUCAGAUUGUGGUAAAAGAUACUUUUAUAAAAAACAUCUGGCAAGACAUAUUAGAACACACACUGGAGAAAAACCAUUCUGCUGUUCAGUUUGCGGCAAAAGCUAUACUCAAAAUACUAACUUGACUUACCACAUGAGAACGCACACAUUAGAAAAACCAUUCAGCUGUUCAGUUUGUGGUAAAAGUUAUUCUCAAAGGAGCAAUUUGACUUAUCACAUGAAAACCCACACUGGUGAAAAAACUCACAAUUGUACAGUUUGUGUGAAAAGAUUCCCAACGAAAUACCUGUUGGAAUGUCACAUGAGAACGCACACAGGAGAAAAACCCUUCAGUUGCUCAGCUUGCUUGAAAAGAUUUACUCAAAAGUCAAGUGUCCGACUACACAUGAGAAUCCAUACAGGAGAAAAACCAUUUGUUUGCCCAGUUUGUGGUAAAGGAUUUACACAGAAGGCAACUAUGGUAACUCACGCAAACGUACACAGAAGAGAAACUAAGAGUGUAAUUAUGCACAUGCCGACACACUCUGGUAAGAACCCACCUUCGAUCAUUGAAUCAGUCAAUAGCCAUUAAUCACAAAUUCCACAAAGGGCUUAAAGUGAUGGUCAGAAUCAUUAUAUGGGAAACAAGGGAGCAUUUUAUGCACACAUGAGAAUACUCCUUUCAUUGUUCAAAUGAACAUAAACACAACUGAAAAUAAAAACAUUCCUGAUAAGUGUCUAUUAAAUAAAUUGUUAAAUUAUAGAAGUGUAAUGUCAAAUGUGAGAAGUAACCAAAAAUUGAUUACCUGUGUGUGUGUGUGUGAAACCAAAUUCCCUCAUGAGUUUUGAGGUUAGUGUGGCGCUCAGAACAGCAGUUACACAACUUUUGAUUGUUUCGAACAACAUGGAUGGUGGAAUUUUUUUCACCUUCCCCUUUUAUAUGUGUAUAUUAAUGAUCAUGUAAUGGUAUUUGUGUUGUGAGAAUGGUGCGUAAUGGGGUUGUACAUUUUCACAAGUGCAAGUUCAAGGUAUCCUCAAUGUUCAACUACACUCAUAUUUAUUUCAACACAUAAAUAAGAUGUGCCCUGUGACAAACAUAAGAUAAAGGAGGAAACAAUACUUUUUUAUUACUAUUUGUUUGUAAAUACGGGGUGUUGCAACCUCCUGCUGUAACAUGUUUAUGAUACUUAUCCAAAAACGCAGAACUCCAGCAAAUACAAUUGUAUAACACUCGAGCUAAAAUAAUUAGCAAUCUUUUUAAGGCCACAGUGUUUGAUGUAAGGAUGACUUGGUUAGUGCAGGAAUUAGCUCCAUUUUGUAACGGAGCAAUGAUAUAAUGUCUAACCAUGUAUGGGCAUGAAUGUGUGUCGAAGCAGAUGACUUCAUUGUCAAUGUCUGAACUUAAAAUAAACUGAAACAUUCAA